UGAUAAUCGAUUUGGGUGCAUUCUUUCGGAGCAGCCCGUCUUUGACUUCUUCUAAAAGACCUUCUUUUAGAAAAUGGCCAUUGUACGCAAUGGAAGAUGCUCUGAGACGUGGGAAAAGGGAUAGGGCACUAUGGCUUCACUUUGCUGCUGCGUCAGCGAAGAUUUUGAGGAAAAUGAGGAGCAAGGCCGACGCUGAUGGCACAGGCUUGUUUGAUGGCAUCGGUGGAGAGGCAACUCGCAAGUUCGCACUUCGGUCUCUGAGCCUGAUUUCCCGAUCUAAAUUGCCUGCUAGUGAGCGAGUGUCUUUCUACCCGGUCGUGAGCGCUUAUCUUUUGAGUGGAAAGACGAUGCCCAACUCAGCAGCGAUUCGGAAACGACAUGCCACAGGCGUAGAGGGAGACUUGACCCAGCAAUCUAAGAAACCCAAGGGUGGAAGCGACGCUAACGAAGACAAAAGGGCCUCAUCGAUAGAGUUAUGAAAAGAAAAUCUGUUAUCAUUAUCAGGUUUCUGAAGUAGAAAAGUACGAUAAUGAUAACAGAUUUUGGUUUCAUAAGAGUCCCUGACGUUGUAUUGGUUUCUGGCAAGGUGCUUCACACAAGCAGGCUUUCUGCACGAGCGCUUCUUUUGGGGUAUUCUUCCAAACACACUGCUUUCGCAGAUGACAAAUCUAAACGCUACUCAGGUUGUGGACUUUUUGAAAGCGUAUGCUUGGUUAUUUCAAAAGUUUCAAAACGCUUCCGGUUCGGGGGCGCCGAUGAUGUCAUUAGCGGGCGAUGACAGAAGAGUUAGUACCCUGGAGGAGAAGAAAACGGUGAAAAAGACGAUCUCAUAUUUGAACAAGGCACUUCUCAGGCGCAGUCUAUUUGAGGAUCUAAGCGCAAGGCAAACAGCGUCGGUGCUUUUGAGCCUACACGUGAUUGAGAAAUGCGGCUUUCCAGACAGCACGAACUUGUAUCCAAAUGAUUUCGGGUUUGUGAUGUGGAGUAAGCUAUUGACUCGUUUUGGAGAGCUACGCUUAGGCGAGCUGCUCAGACUAGCGAGAAUCUUUAGCAGUCCCGAGACUUGUUUGAGUCCGGUAAUGGAAGCACCAGAGUCGGCAGAAGAGCUAGUGGAGGACGAAGCAGCUGAUGAACAUGAGCCUAAACUGAUUUCUAAAUGCGAUGAAGGAGGUGUUUUGCGUCGUGGCGAGGGUCGUAUUUCCAAAAAUCUGGGGAAGAUCAGCAGGUGUUCCGCAAACGAAUUUCAAAAGAUUUCAAGCCCUCCUUCAAAAUCUAAACCAGCCAAGCAUCAAGUGAUGAUUCAACGAGAUACAUGUCUAAGACUUGGCCGCGCAGUAGCAGCGCAGCUAGGGGAAGCGGCGCGUCCUCCGAAAGUUGGGAGUAUAAGUCUAAAAAAGACCAAUGCUGAAGUGCAUAGUGAAAUCGCAGCGUUGUUGGCCAAGACGGGCUUGUGGACGAGAGAUGGCCUGUAUGUGUACGUAGAGCACUUGAUGCCACUGCUUUUAGAUUCUGCGGAGCAACAAGGUGGAGGGAGACAUGAGGAUGACCACGGCGACAAAGAAGCAUCAAGAACUCCAAUUCUAAAAAGGGCAAAAUCAGGAAAAGAUAGUAUGGUCGUCGGUCUUGGGAUGCACCGGAGAUUAGGGCGAUCUAGACUACGUUCGAGCGUGCAUUCUAGAAGAGCGCCCUCGACGGGGAAACCUAAAAUUUGUGUAUCCGCGGAGACUGUCACAGACAAAAAGGAUUGCGGUUUUGCUGAUAUUUUUGAAGAAGCAUGCAACACGUCCCAGUCUGUGACGUCACCAAAAUCUGUACCCAAACAAGAGCUAUUUGGAUCUCGGUGUGUAUCUUCUCUCAUUUCUAGUCUGUCCGAUCUAAAAAUUAGGGAUCGUAGUCUGCAAGAGGUUUUGUUCCAUAUGUCAGCAUCUAGAUCUUCGAGACGGAUAAAUUGUGGCGCAUAUUAGAGCUAAACAUGCAGGAGUAUCUGAGGGUAAAGAAAGUAAACAUACAUCUUGAACAUGAUGAAG